GACAAAUCCUCUGAUUAAAUUGUAAUAUUUUUGCCUAAAUACGAACCGAAAUGGCAGAAUUUGUUGAAAAACGAUGUGAGGAUAUGAUCCCCGAAUUGGAACAAAUGGAACGGAUUAAACUCUUUGAUAAAAAUGAAAUAAGGGGAAUCGCUAAAAAACGGAAAGAAUACGAGUAUAAACUUCAGAGACAUACUAAGUGCAAGGAAGAUUACUUACGCUAUAUUCAGUACGAGAUGGAUUUGCUGAAACUGAUCAGACAGCGAAGAGAUAAAUUAGGUAUCAAUCACAAAAAGUCUGAUAUUGACUAUAGCAUCGCAAAUAAAGUGAAUAUGCUGUACAAGCAAGCUAUAUUCAAGUUCCAAGAUGACCUGCGAUUUUGGAUUGCAUACAUGAAAUUCUGCAAGCACGUCAAAUUUCAUAGCAGCAUCAGCCGCAUGAUAGGCAGAAUGUUGCAAGUACAUCAGGAUAAGCCAAAGUGUUGGCAUAUUGCUGCACGCUGGGAAGCAGAAGAAGCACAUAACAUGCAAAAUGCAAGGCAAUUUUUACUGAGGGGUCUUCACUUUCACCCAGAUUCGCAAUUACUUUUCACUGAUGCUUUCAAACUAGAGUUGUCAGAAGCAUUAGCCAAUAAACAAAAUACUACAAGCUCAAGCGAAAACCCAUUACCAGUUGGAGAAGAUGAGGAUAUGCCCAUAGAGUUGAAACGGGCUUAUGUUAUAUAUCUUCAAGCCUUCAAACGCAUCAAAGAUAUUAAAUUUAUUAUCGAUUUGCUGAAUAUCACAAAGGAGUAUGAUAACACCGAAAAAAUCCAGAAUAAGAUUGUGUGUGAUAUGGUCGAAGAAUAUGCUCACGAACCUCUGAUGUGGGACACGAUGGCUCGGCGAGAGCUUGAAGGUCUUGUAUUACCAUCGAGUAGUGGAACACCAAUGGAAAUUGAUACAUCUGAACAAAGUUCAUUGCGAGAUCGCAUUAGUCUAUGCAACGAGGUUUAUCAGACAGCUGUGAAAAAAAUAAAAACUGAAGAAAUGUGGUCACUGUAUAUUGACUGCAUACUUGAGAUCAAUCAAGAUACUGGGUCUUUGCCUAAUUACAAGAGAAAGUUACUCAGAAAUGCUUUGACUCAAGCUCAUCAGGCUGGGAAAUUGCGAGAGAAAUAUUAUUUGCAAUGGAUUGGAAUGCUCAGUAAUAACAAAAAGGAUGAUAAUUCUCAAAAACGAUUGUAUGAAGUUUUGUGUUGGGCUACUGAUGCAUUACCCAAAAGUGUUGAUCUCUGGCAAGCUAGAUUAAGAUAUCAUCUUGCAGCUGGCCAAGAAGAAAAUGCCACAGACGCAUUCACGAAGGCAAUAGAAUUAUUAGGGGAUAAGGCUUUGCCGUUAUGGAGAAUGAGACUGCUGCACGUCCAAACUAAGAGCCCAGAAAAAACUGAACAAGUUUUUCAAGCUGCGUUAAAAGAAGGGCCAACCAUUGCUAAAGACAUAAAGCCCACAUAUAUCGAAUGGCUAGUUCUGUCAAAGAAUAUCCAAGCUGCACGUAAAGUGUACGAUAAUCUGUGUCUUCAACCACCAAUCUGCUUGGAAUUGCAUAAAAAAAUGGCAGCUAUAGAACUUAUGCAGCCUGAGAUUUCGUUGAAACAUGCGCGACGUCCUCAUGAGAUGGCUACAAUGCAGUUUGGUGGAAGCAAUACAGACGUUUGGAUGGAUUACGUUAUGUUUGAGUUAAAAGUGGGUGAUCCCAAGAAGGUAGGAGAGAUUCACAUGAGGGCUGUAAAAACAUUGGAAGCCCCCCUUGCCGAUAGUUUCAUUACCGAAUACAGUUUGAUUAAAACCAAUUGCGAUGUAAUGGAACAAGUUUAAUAAGCCAGAAAAUAACUGGAUACGUAUGAGACUCAUCUUGUUUCAGAGCCUUAAUUUUCUAAUCGAGAGAACUGUGUAAUGGAUCAUGAUGUGAAUGGUAUACGUGUAUUUGAUGAUUAGGAUAAUAUUAAAGAUCCGUUGUGUUCAUGUAUCUCUAGAUUGUCUAGUUAUUAAAUUUGAAGUCGUGGAUCAUCUAUGAAAAUGAAUGUAAAAGAACCUAAUUCCAUGUAAUAAAUUAUUUAAGGACAGUAAA